AGUACAAUGCAUAUAUUUGAAAAUAUAGAUAUUGACAAAAGUAAAAAGUUGACAAAAUAAAAAAAAAAUGUACGAUUGAUGCCAAUUUCGCGUAUAAAUUGCACAAUAAAUGUCCCUCCGCCAGAUUCAUGAACGUCCAUAAAAUGCGUUUAUACGCAUUAUGUGUCCUUUAGCCUGUAGCAAUGAACCUCUCCAAAAAGCAAGCAAUAAUUCACCGCGCAAUUUGAUCUUCGCACGUUUCUACAUAGGUAUACAUACGUACGUAUGUCUCUAGUGCGGCGUUCACCGCCGUCACCAUCUUGUGCGAAACGAGCGACCUUUAAUCCCCUUCGAAUUCGUCCACUGGGCGGGGAUCUUUUUCGAAGACAUAAUUGCCUCACCUUGUACCGAACGAAUUUCGUUCACUUUUCUCCUAUAUAAGAGCCGGGGCUCGACCGAGCUAGCAUAUCACUCUUUCUUGCACAGUCGAAGAGAACAGUCAAGCAAACAAUCACCAUGUACAAGUUCGUGAUCCUCGCCGCGUGCCUCGCCGCCGCCAACGCCGGAAACCUCAUCGGCGCCCCAGUGGUGUCCAGCUACAGCGCACCCGUGGCCUACUCCAGCUCGAGCAUCGUCAAGUCUGCCCCCGUGGCCUACAGCAGCUACGCCGCCCCGGCUUACGCUAGCUACGCUGCCCCAGCUUACGCCAGCUACGCUGCCCCAGCCGUCGUGAAGGCCGCCGGCCCAGCUCUGGCUUACUCCAGCUACGCUGCCCCAGCUCUGGCCUACUCUGCUCACGCUGCUCCGGCUCUGGCCUACUCGAGCUAUGCUGCCCCAGCCCUCGUCAAGACCGCCGCCCCGGCUCUGGCUUACUCUAGCUACGCUGCCCCAGCUCUGGCCUACUCGAGCUAUGCUGCCCCAGCCGUCGUCAAGGCUCCUCUGGCUUACUCUGCCCCAGCCUGGUAAGAGGCUCCCGCUGGACACCAAUUUUUACCGAAAAUCCACGAGGCUACACUGUUCCACUGACUCAAGUUGCUCCGAUUUUAAUUGGAGAGAGCGUAGAGGAUGGUUACAUCACACACUCUUCAUCUCUUUUAUUGCCUGCUGCAAUGUUCUCUGUUU